AUGACUCGAUCAUCUCAACAUUUAUUAGACUCAUUAGACAUCAUAUUCUUGGGUACCAUCGGUCUUGGUACCAUUGCUUGGUUUGCCAGACAUCAAAUCGCUGACAAAUUAUUCAAGUCAAACAAGCCUGAAAUUAAGCCUGCUUCUGAUGCAAAGACAGGCCCACCAAAGAAAGAACGUAACUUUGUUAAAGUGAUGCAACAACAGGGACGUAGAGUCAUCUUCUUUUAUGGUUCUCAAACAGGCACAGCCGAGGACUACGCUUCUCGUCUCGCAAAAGAAUGUUCACAAAAGUAUGGCGUCAGUUCAAUGGCUGCCGACAUCGAGCAAUACGACAUGAGCUAUCUGGAUACCGUUCCUGAAGAUUUCUUGGUCUUUUUUGUCAUGGCAACUUAUGGUGAAGGUGAACCUACUGACAAUGCUGUUGAUUUCUGGGAUCUUGUGUCUGAUGAACAGCCUCAAUUCUCUGAAGCCGAAGACGAAGAAGCUCCACUGAAGAAUUUGCGUUACGUUGCAUUUGGUCUCGGUAACAAGACAUAUGAGCACUACAAUGAAGUUAUCAGAAACAUCGACAAGCGUUUAACUUCCAUGGGUGCAAAGAGAAUUGGUGAGCGUGGUGAAGGUGAUGAUGAUGGUUCAUUGGAAGAAGAUUUCUUGGCAUGGCAAGAGGAGAUGUGGCCUGCUUUUUGUGAGGCUUUGGGUGUUGAUGAAAACAGCACUUCUUCCGGUCCUAGACAACCUUCUUUUGCUAUUGAAGAGUUGACUGAAUUCGAUAAAGCCAAAAUCUAUGUUGGUGAACUGAGCGAAUGGCUCAAAGAAGGAGCUCGAGUAGUCUACGAUGCCAAACGCCCUUACAAUGCACCCAUUACCUCAACUGAUUUGUUCAAGGGUGGCGACCGUCAUUGCCUUCAUAUGGAAAUCGACAUUUCCGACUCCAACUUGACUUAUCAAACAGGCGAUCAUGUUGCUAUUUGGCCCACAAACAACGAAGUUGAGAUCGAAAGACUUGCCAAGGUCCUUGGUUUAUCUGACAAGCUUGAUACCGUGAUUCGUGUUCAAGCCCUGGAUGCUGCUGCUUCCAAGCAGUUCCCAUUCCCCGUACCUACCACUUACCGCGCCAUUUUCCGUCACUACCUCGAUAUCUGUGCUGCUGUCUCUCGUCAAACAUUGAUGUCUUUGAUUGAAUAUGCACCUACUGAAAAGUCAAAGGAUAUUUUACGCAAGCUGGCUACUGAUAAGGAUGAGUACCGUGUGCGUGUGGGCGAUGUUACCCGCAACUUGGGCGAAGUCUUGGAGAUGCUGGCUGAAUCAGAGUCUCUGGACGUGGAAGGCAGCUUCUCUUCUGUGCCAUUCGACUUGAUUGUCGAGAGCGUUUCUCGUCUCCAGCCCCGUUAUUACUCUAUCUCUUCUUCAUCAAAGGAGAGCCCCAAGAAAAUUACCGUUACUGUUGUUACCCUGCAAUAUACUCCUGAAACUGCCUCUCCUCGCACUGUUUACGGCGUCAAUACCAACUACCUCUGGCGUCUUCACGAAUCCAUCAACGGCAUUGAACCUGAUGCUUCUUUCCCUCACUACAGCAUUACUGGCCCUCGUAAUUGUCUCUACGAUGCCGAAUCUAACGUGGCUCGUGUUCCUGUACAUAUCCGUCGAUCUCAAUUCAAGUUGCCCAGAAACCCUACUGUUCCUGUCAUCAUGGUAGGUCCCGGCACUGGUGUUGCUCCAUUCCGUGGUUUUAUCAGAGAGCGUGCUCUUCAAAAGAAGGAGGGUAAACCUAUUGGCCCCACAAUUCUCUACUUUGGUUGUCGUAAUUCUGCCGAAGACUUCUUGUAUGAAGAGGAGUGGCCCGAGUUAUUUGAGACAUUGGGUGAGCCAUCUCGUAUUAUUACAGCAUUCUCUCGUGAAACAGCGCAAAAGGUAUACGUUCAACACCGUUUAAUGGAGAAUGGACCCGAGAUGUGGGAUUUAUUGGAAAAGGGCGCUUAUGUUUAUGUUUGCGGUGAUGCCAAGGUCAUGGCUCGUGAUGUGAACCAAACAUUCGUUCGUUUUGCCCAGCAAUUUGGUGGCCUUGAGGAGGAGAAGGCUCACGAUUAUGUCAAGAACUUGAGAAACACAGGUCGCUACCAAGAGGAUGUUUGGAGUUAA